AUGAAAAUUAACAAGCCUCCAUACAAGAUGAAGAAAAAGUUGUAUCUACCCUGUAAACAUUUUCAUAUUAUAUUAUAUUAUAUUACAUUAUAUUAUAUUAUUAUUGCUAUUAUUACUACUACUACUAUUAUUAUUGUUAUUAUUAUUAUUUUUAUUAUUACUUAUCCUGCUAUUCUAUCAUUAUUAUUACUAUUACCAUUAUGAUUAUGAUUAAUAUUUUUAUUGUCUUUAUUAUGAUUAUUACUAUUACUCUUAUUGUUAUUACCACUACUACUACUAUUUCUACUACUACUAUCACUACCAUCACCAUCAUCACUACUACUGUCAUUGUUACUAUUCCUACUACUAAAGUAUCACUAUUACUACUACUAUCACUAUCACUAUCACUGCUACUGCUACUACUACUACUACUACUACUACUACUACUACUACUACUACUACUACUACUAUUACUAUUACUACUACUAUUGCUACUACUACUGCUGCUACUACUACUACUACUACUACUACUACUACUACUACUACUACUACUACUACUCUACUAUUACUACUAUUACUAUUACUAUUACUACUGCUGUGAUACUUGAUCUUGCAACUGCUGUGAAAGAACUUGUAGAAAACAGCUUAGAUAGUGGUGCUACAUUAAUUGAUAUUAAAUUGAAAGAUUAUGGAAAAACAUGUAUCAGCGUCAGUGAUAAUGGAAGCGGUGUUUUGGAACAAGAUUUUGAAGGAUUAGGAUUGAAGCAUUAUACUUCUAAACUUCGGGAAUUCUCAGAUUUAACAGAAGUGAAUACUUUUGGAUUUAGAGGAGAAGCUCUUAGUUCACUUUGUUCAUUAGCUGACUUAAAUAUUAUUACAAGACAUUAUACAAGUGAACAUGGUUUCAAGCUACAAUUUGAUCAUAAUGGCAUGCUACAAAAUAAAGAACCUUAUGCAAGAGAAAUAGGAACUACUGUGCAUUGCUUUUCUGUUAGAGCAAAAGAAUUUCAAAGAAACCUUAAGAAGGAAUAUGCUCAUGCUAUUCAAGUACUAUACAGUUAUUGCUUGAUUUCUACUAAUACAAAAAUAACAUGUUUCAAUUGUGUAUCAAACAAAUCUCCUAAUCUUGUAGUUAGUACUACUAGUCCCAGUAAUAUUUUAAACAAUAUAAAUUUAAUAUUUGGUAAAAAAUCUUCCAAUGGAUUGAUUAAAGUUGAAUUGUUAUCUGCUGAUGAGGCAACAUUGCAAGAAUAUAAUUUACCAAAUAAUGUAAUUAUGGAUUUUGAAUGGGACUGCUAUAUCAGUAGUUGUGAUCAUGAUAUGGGACGUUCUGCACCUGACAGACAAUUUUUUUAUAUAAAUGAUCGACCAUGUGAUCUAACAAAAGUCAGUAAAUUAAUAAAUCAAAUUUAUCACAGAUAUAAUAAUAAACAAUAUCCAUUUGUUUUUCUAAAUUUAAAAUUAAACAAACACUCAACUGAUAUUAACGUAACUCCAAAUAAAAGAACUAUCUUUUGUACACAAGAACGUUUAAUUUUAGCAACUUUAAAAUAUAAUUUAACAUCUAAAUGGGAGAAAUUACAAGGAAAUUUGACUGUAAAUCCUGUACCAGAAUUAAAUUUUGGUGUAAAAAGAACAAUUUCACCUACAAGUACAUGUCAACCAACCAAACGGUUUCAUAAUUUAAAUAAAUCGGAUAUACAUUCAGAAUAUACAGAAACACAAAGUAUACAAUGUAUUAAUGAAAAUAAAAUUAUUCAAUAUGAUAAUGAUAAUGUACAAAAUAACAUAACAAAUCGGAUAAAAAUAUUAGACAACAGAGAAAUGCCAAUUAGUAUUUUAACAAUAAAACAACAACUUCAAAAGAAACAAAAUCUUUUACCCAAAUGCAUAGUUUCAAGUGCAAAGAUCAAAUUUAAGGCACAAAUGGAUCAAAAUUCAAAGGCUGAAAAUGAAUUGAAAAAACAAUUAACGAAAGACUCUUUUUUAGAGAUGGAAAUUAUAGGUCAAUUUAAUCUUGGUUUUAUAAUAACACGUUUGAAAGAGGAUCUUUUCAUUAUUGAUCAACAUGCUACUGAUGAAAAAUAUCGUUUUGAAAAACUUAAUAAUGAGACACAGUUAAAAACUCAAAAAUUAAUUGUUCCUAAGUUUUUAAAUAUUUCUGCACUUAAUGAAACAAUAUUAAUUGAACAUCAAAAAACAUUUGAAAAUAAUGGCUUCUUUUUUAAAAUAAAUACCGAAGCUGAAUCUGGACAUCGUGUACAAUUGACUGCUAUACCAGUUAGUGGUUCUUGGCAAUUUGGACAAGAAGACAUUGAAGAAUUAAUUUUCCUGAUUAGAGAAGGUGGUAUAGAAAACAAAGAUAAAAAUAUAUUUCGUCCAAGUCGAGUAAGACAAAUGUUAGCAUCAAGAGCUUGUCGCAAGGCAAUUAUGAUUGGUACUGCUCUUAAUAAUAAUGAUAUGCAUAAAUUAGUUAUUCAAAUGGCACAAAUGGAAAAUCCUUGGAGUUGUCCUCAUGGUAGACCAACAAUAAGACAUUUAUUAUCAUUGGAUCUUAUAUCUAAAUAA